ACACAAUCGAUGACUCCAUGUUCGUCAUUAUUCCAAGUCGGCGAUAACGCCGAUCUCUUUAGCAAUCCUCCUCGUAGACUGUGACUUCUUCUACAGUCGUCUUACAUCUAAAUACCGACACAACUCACUACUUUGACACAACCCACGUCCUUGACAAAACUCGUGCACCUUCCCGUAACCCGUGCAAACUUACCUCGACAUGUCUCACACACAGCAAGAAAAACCACUCAAUCGCGCUGAUGAAGUCAAAGACCUUCUCGACGCCGUGCAAGAGCUGAUAAUACCCUUUAUUCGCUCCGCAGAUGAAGACGCAGCGACAAAACACACAGGCCAUGGACUGAAGAUCGAAGGUGGUGGGCCUAGAACCGCGUUAGUGGAGCAUCACCCACCUAAGAAGCUCGAAUCCAUCCUCAAGGAAGAGCUGGAAAUCAAGGAUGAAAGAGCUGGUAAAGAUGGGCUGGUGAAGCUCGUGGGAAGUGUUUUGAAGUACUCCGUAAACACAUGGGAUCAAGGAUUCCUGGAUAAGCUUUACGCAAGUACAAAUGCUGUGGGAGUAGUCAGCGAGCUGUUAUUGGCGGUAUUGAACACCAACUCACACGUAUACCAAGUCUCACCUGUUCUAACACUUGUUGAAAAACGCACUACAAAGUAUCUAGCCUCACUAUUUGGCCUUCCCUCCUCUACUUCAGGAGGCAUCUCCCAACCAGGCGGCAGUGCAUCAAACAGCGCUGCCAUAGUGAUUGCCCGCAACAACCUUUACCCCGAGACCAAAACUGACGGCAAUGGAUCCCACAAAUUCACCAUCUUCACAUCAGCCCACGGUCACUACUCGGUCGAGAAAGCAGCCAACCUCUUCGGUCUCGGUUCCAAGAACGUGAUUUCUGUCCCUGUUGACGAUCGAGGCUGUAUCAUUCCCUCCGAGUUCGAACGCUGUGUGAAAGAAAGCAAAGACCGAGGCGAAACACCCUUUUUCCUAAACGCAACAGCCGGAACCACCGUCCUUGGCUCCUUCGACCCCUUCACCGCUCUCAACAAGAUAUGCAAAGAGCAAAACCUCUGGUUCCAUAUAGAUGGCAGCUGGGGAGGAAGCGUGGUUUUCAACGCCCAAUACCGCGAAUCACGCCUCAAGGGCGCUGAACUCGCCGACAGUAUAACCAUCAACCCGCACAAAAUGCUCGGCGUGCCCAUGACAUGUUCAUUCCUUCUCGGUCGCGACAUGAACACCUUCUACCGCGCACUUACGCUACCCGCUGGCUAUCUCUUCCACAACGCACCUGGUACCGACGCAGCGGACAUCUACGAUCUUGCUGAUCUAACACCUCAAUGCGGUCGUCGCGCCGACUCGCUCAAGAUGUUCCUGGCCCUUCAAUACUACGGUGCGCAGCACUUCAGCGACUUGGUAGCCCGUGGGUACCAGAACGGAGAGUAUCUUUUGAGCAAACUGAAGGAGAGCGGCAACUUCAAGACGAUCAGUCCGGAGCCGCUACCGUGUCAGCAGGUGUGCUUUUACUAUGCCAAAGGAGGAAACCUGGGGGAUGAGGCGGACGCCAAUAGUAAGGCAACGACUGAGAUUGCCAACAGACUUAUCAGUAGAGGGUUCAUGAUUGACUUUGCCCCCGGGGAGAAGGGCAAGUUCUUCAGAGUCGUGGUUAAUGGGGGGUUGAUCAAGGGGACGCUAGAUGGGCUCGUCAAGGCACUUGAAGAGACGGCGACAGAUUUGGGGUAUUAGAUAGGUUGAUAUGACAAUGGAAAUUAUGGAAGCCAGCAGAAGGCAGAAGAACAAAGAUACCACAUCUGGAGUCUAUAUGCUCCACGCGUGAAGCAUUACGUAUCACGUCGUCGAAAGUCAUAAAUGGCAGCAUUGUACAGGUAGCACACACACAAGUCUGGUAAAAUACUUGAUCUGGAAGCAUUCAUUCAUUUGAUAUCAUGUUAUCUAUGU